AUGCCGCCUCGGGGCUGGGCUGGGCUCCGCUCUGCCGCACCUUGUGCGCCGGGAGCCCACCGCAGAGGCGGUGAGGCCGGGUACCCGGCCCCGCGCCGUCCCCCGCCUGCAGAUCGCCAGGCCCGGGCCACGACUCCGUCCCUCCUCCUUCCGCCGCCUCGGCUCAGGAGCAACGGAGACCCCGGGCUGGAGGUGGGGACCACCGGAAAGCGAUUUAGUGAAAGAGCUCCAGGGCUGGUGCCCGCGGACUCUGGACUGGUCAGUGCCGGAACCUCCCCGGCUCCGGGCCCCACGGGCAGUCAAGGCCCCCCAAGCCAGAAGGAACAUGCCAAGGGGUCCAUCCGAGAGAUCAUCCUGCCCAAGGGCCUGGAUCUGGACCGGCCUAAGCGGACGCGCACGUCCUUCACCGCGGAGCAGCUGUAUCGGCUGGAGAUGGAGUUCCAGCGCUGCCAGUACGUGGUGGGCCGGGAGAGGACGGAGCUCGCCCGGCAGCUCAACCUCUCCGAGACCCAGGUGAAGGUCUGGUUCCAGAACCGCCGCACGAAACAGAAGAAGGACCAGGGCAAGGACUCGGAGCUGCGCUCGGUGGUGUCUGAGACAGCCGCCACGUGCAGCGUGCUGCGGCUGCUGGAGCAGGGUCGCCUCCUGUCGCCGCCCGGCCUUCCCGCGCUGCUGCCCGGCGCGCCGGCCGCGGGUCACGGCCUCUUCAGCCUGCCGGUCCCCUCGCUGCUCGGCUCCGUCGCCAGCCGACUGUCCUCCGCCCCGCUGACCAUGGCCGGCUCCCUCGCCGGCAAUUUGCAAGAACUCUCCGCCCGAUAUCUGAGCUCCUCGGCCUUCGAGCCUUACUCCCGGACCAACAAUAAAGAAGGGGCCGAGAAAAAGGCGAUGGACUGA